GUAGGCAUACCAUCUUUUCUCAGUACAUUAUCUAGUAGCCCCUCUCAACAACUAUUUGAUAGUAAUAAAUAUAUAGGUACUUGAUUUAAAGUGAGAAGUGUUUCACGUGGUUUUAAUUUUUUUUUUUUAUAUAGUUUGUCGUAGUUUUUUUUAUUACAAGCUAUCCUGCAACAACGUUGCCGUUUAUUAUAACUGUCGUAUGUGAGAAUCCAUUACUUAUUUUAUCGGAAUAUUUUAAAUGUAAUUAGUUUUCUGAGAUAAAUGUCCAACAUUAAAUCAAUACGUUAUUCUAUUACAUUAUAUAAAUUUGUUUAUAAUUAUUGUUUGUUGAUGCAUUAUUCUUACAUAUAAUAGAAACGAAAAACUUCAAUGAAAUACAUACUAAAUGGAUAUACUGUAUGAAGUAUAAUAGUGCCAGUCCUAUAAAUGAAAUAUAUAGUUAUAAUAAGUUAUAAACAUUUUUUAAAAAUCUGUAUUAACUUUUAACUUAACUGAGUUAAAAAAGGUAAAAUACAUUUUUUUGUCAAAUUAUUAACAAUAAAAAUUUGGAAAUUGAAAAUGAAGUACACUCCGGUGUCAAUAUUCAUUGGACUGCUAUGCACAUCUGCAAUAAAAUCGUCUAAUAUAUUGGUUUUCGUACCAUCACCGUGGAAGAGUCAUAUCGCAUCAUUUCAACCAUUGUUUGUGGAAUUAGCACACCGUGGUCAUAAUGUCACGGUAGUAACACAAUUUGCUGUUAAAAAACCACCGUCUAAUUACACACAAGUGCUUUUGAAAAGUGAUUUCACAUUCGCAUCAAAUAAUUUUAUAGAGAUUAUACUACAAGAAUCUAAUAAGUUUGUGCGUCUAUUCAAGGAAAUAUACAUUCGAAGUACAAUUGGACCUGACUUAACGAAAGCAUACAUAUCAAAUUCGAUGGUACAAAAGUUCAUCAAGGAAGAUCAAUCAUCGUUCGAUUUGGUUAUCGUGGAAUCGUUUUUUCAAGAAUGCACUGUUGCGAUGGGUCACAAAUAUGGUGCUCCAGUAAUAAAUAUCAUUCCGGUGGCUCCUUGGGUUUCCCCAUCGAUGCCAGCUGCAAAUCCUUUAGAGUUUUCUUACAUUAAAGAUUUCGUCCUGGAUGCUGGUAAAUCACUUGAUUUCUUUAGCCGGUUGGCCAACACUAUUGUUGGUUUGUACGGCUUAUUGGUUGAACCGAACGUGUACCUUCGGAAAAUGGAAAACAUGAUGAAUGACUAUUUUCAAUACCCCGGACAUGAAAACAGACCACCGCUAACGGAGAUGCUCAAAAACAUAUCACUUAGCUUAAUAGAUUCUGACAUGAUGAUUCUCACCCCACGACCUUAUGUUCCGAAUUUUAUCGAAGUUCCUGGGAUUCACCUGUUACCGAUCAAUGACAUGAAUGAGAAACUACUAGAUUUCAUGGAUAGAGCUGAAAUGGGCGUUAUUUACUUUAGUUUCGGAAGUUUGUUGGAUGUGUCUGUUUUCCCGAAACGUUAUCUGGACAUUUUUAAAAAUGUAUUAGGCCAAUUAGAACAGAAAGUAAUAUUUAAGUGGUCGAAUAAUAAUACUGAAGGAUUUCCAGAUAACUUUUACGUUGAUUCUUGGUUGCCACAAUUGAACAUUUUGAAGCAUAAAAAUUGUAAGGCUUUCAUUACUCAUGGAGGAAUCCAUGGUUUAAUGGAAACAAUAGAUGCCGGAAUCCCAAUUCUUGGGUUUCCGUUUUUUGGUGAUCAAUUCCAAAAUUUAAUGAUUAGUCAAGAUAAUGGGUUUGGUAUAAGGAGUAACAUUUUUAAAAUGACUGAAGAAACAUUUGAAAGAGAAAUAAAGCUUUUAUUGACCGAUCAGAAAUUUACAGAGAAUGCUAAAAAAAUGUCAUUUAUAUUUCAUGACCGACCCAUGUCAACGAUAGAUAAAGCUGUUUAUUGGGUGGAAUACGUUAUUCGACAUAAAGGAGCGAAUCAUUUACGUUCUCCAGCAGUGGAACUAAAGUGGUAUCAAUAUUAUUUAUUAGACAUUGCUGCAUUUGUUAUACUCAUCAUAUUUAUUGUUUUUUUUAUUGUAAAACGCAUCACAAUAUUCAUAUAUUCUUUGAUAGUUAAACCGAAAAAGAUUAAACGUUCAUAACAUUGUUGCAUCA